AUGGUGGAAGGCGAGAGGGAAAAGAAGAAGAAGAAGAAGAAAAGGGAGCCUCAGCCUCAGCCAUUAGAAGAAGAAGAUAACGAGCCUAAGCAUAAGAAGAAGAAAACAAGGGAGGGUUUCUAUGUCAAUUUCUCCAGAAGUGAAACCCAAACCCAUGAAGAAGAAGAAGAAGCAAAUAAAAAGGGUAAGAGCGAGAGAAAGAAUAAGAGAAGACGAAAAGUCAAUGCCAUACGCGUUGGCGAGCGGCUGGUUUCUCCUUAUUUUCACAAUCAAGGAGGAGGAGGAGGAGUAGAUGGAGAAAAAGAGAAAAAGAAGAAGAAGAAGAAAAAGGAACAAGAAGGCAACUACAAUGUGGAUUUAGAUGAGGCCAAUGCCAAUGCCAACGCCAACCAUAAAAGAAGAAGAAGAAGAAGAAAAGUUCCGAAAUGCGAUGAUGGCCAACGGGUGGUUUCACCCUAUUUUCAGAAUCGAGGAGGAGAUGGAGAAAAGGGUAAGAUAUUCCCAACCUCUGCCACCAAUUCAGGCAUUAUUGUUAAUGUAGUAGCUCAAACUGAAAAGGCUUCUUAUGAAAACAAACCCAAGACAAAGAAGAAAAAGGAAAAACUAAAUUGCAAUAAUCAAGGGGGAGAUGGAAAAAAGGGUAAGAUGUUUGCGACCUACCUUAAUGUAGUAGCUGAAAUUGAAAAGGUUUCUGGAGAAAAUAAAACCAAGGAAAAGGAACAAGUAAAUUUCAAUGACGUUUGUGAUGGUAUUAGCAUAAAGAAGAAGAGGAGAAGGGUAACACGACAUGAUGAGGAUGACAGUAGUUGCAGAAAUGCUCUGGAGCCCGAGCCCAAGCCCGAGGAGAUUACAGACUUCCUGCCAACCUCUCCGGAAGCCAUUCACAAAGAUGAAAGUAUAGAACCUGCAGGUGUUGCCAAUGAGGAUGCAACUUCAGUGGAGGUAUCCGGUGCUAAUGGCAUCGGAAAGAAGAAAAGGGGAAACCGUGAAACAAGCACUAUGAUGAAUGUAGUAAAUGAGAAAGAAAGGGAUGUGGAAGAGAAGUUUGAGAUGAAUCCCCAAAUAAAGGCUAAUAAAAGUAAUAAUGGGAUUUUGAAACUUGAGGAUGUACUUGCACAAUUUGCAUACGAGGGUGGUGCUAGCGUGAACAACAUACAGAUUGACAAACAGAAGAAGAUGGGCGCACCGUUGCAAACUUAUAAUCAAAUUAGUGGUGUGAAGAAACAAGAAGUGGAAGAAGAGAAGGAGGAGAAAAAAUAUCAGAAGGAAAGUGAAACAGCACCUCAUUUCCCAUUGAAUAAUAUUAUCAAUUCUUCCAUUGUAGUAAGUGAGAGUGCCAGGAACUCAACUGAGGAGCAUGCCACUGUGCCAAGCACCUGCAGAACCUUCAAAGAAGAAAAAGUGUGUCAGAAUAGUGCAGAAAAUGGAAAGGUUUCUUCCAAGAGGAGGAAAAAUGAAAAUCACCAAAGAAUAGCACGUGUGGAAGUCCGAAAGGUUUCCCCUUACUUCCAAACAUCAGGAGUGCAAGAAUUGUUGGUAAAUGGGGCUGAUGAUACAAAAGCUAAGCCGCCUAAACGCUGUUCAAAAACUUGUUCCAAGUCUGUUAAGGUCUCUUCCUACUUUCAGAAAGAAUCCAAAGAAGAAGAUAAUGUGGAUGGCCACUUGUUGGAAAGUAAAAAAAGGCGUAAGAGAUCUCCGGAAAUUAAGACUGCUCUUUCCGCUUCCCAGAAGAAAGAUGAAGCAUACCGAAGAAGAACUCCAGAUAACACAUGGAUUCCUCCUCGCUCAGAAUAUGGUCUCAUGCAAGAGGAUCAUUUCCAUGAUCCUUGGAGAGUUUUGGUGAUUUGCAUGCUCCUUAAUCGGACAACGGGAUUGCAGGCAAGAAGAGUUAUAUCAGAUCUCUUCACUUUGUGUCCCAAUGCAAAGGCUGCUACUGAGGCUGCCACAGAGGAUAUAGAAAAGGUUAUAAAAAGUCUUGGUCUACAAAAGAAGAGGGCAGCGAUGAUACAGCGUUUGUCUCAGGAGUAUUUGGAGGAAAGCUGGAGCUAUGUAACUGAGUUGCAUGGUGUUGGCAAGUAUGCAGCUGAUGCAUAUGCAAUAUUUUGCACUGGAAAAUGGGAACGAGUGAAGCCUACAGACCACAUGCUAAAUUAUUACUGGGAAUUUCUCGGCAGAAUUGUUCCUCCAGUGUAA